AAAAGAAAAUUAGAAACUUAUUAUUGAACAUGAAUUUAAAAGCAAAAAAUAUGUUAAUUAAAAUAAUUUCAUAAAUUUAACCCUAAAAUAAAAAUAAUAAGUGACGCGAGGAGUUGAAGAUCUUGCAUUGAAGGUGUGAGGAGAUUUUAUCUCUACUUUGAGGAAGGCCUCCAUAGUACCGCCAGCGAUUGUCCCCAAAAAUGGCCUCCGCCCCUCUGCUUCACCUCCAUCAUUUCAAUCUCCACCGCCACAACCGGCCGACUCUCCACAACCUCAAACUCCCAACCACGACCGCCGCCCACCGCCGCGCCGCUUCAACAGCCGCUGCUCCCUCAACCGCCAAAAUUUCCAUGUCCUACAGCCCCACCCCCGCCGCCGACCGCUUGAUCUCCGCCGUGGCCUACACACUCCCCUUCUUCAACAGCCUCCACUAUGGCCACCACCUCCUCGUCCGCUACCCUCCUCUCGCCGCCGCCUUCGACCCCAUCCUCCCCCUUUUCUCCCUCUAUCGCUCCAUCCCCUACGCCUCCUUCGUGGCCUUCUUCGCCCUCUACCUGGGCGUCGUCCGAAACGCCGCCCUCUCUCGCUACGCCCGCUUCAACGCGAUGCAGGCGGUGGUCCUGGACGUCCUCCUGGUGGUGCCGCUCCUGGUGGGUCGGAUCCUCUCGCCGGGCCGCGGUGGGUUCGGGGCGAGGGUCAUGGCAAUGGGUCAUAGCGGGCUAUUUGUGCUUGUCUGUGUGUGCUUCGUUUAUAGCUUGGCGUGCUGCGUUCUGGGUCGGACCCCCUACUUGCCCUUUGUCGCGGAUGCUGCCGGUAGACAAUUGUGAAUUUGCGAGGAAUCGAUCGAGGAUGGAUCUGUCUGUUUUUGUGAUCUGAGGUCGGAUCCAGUGCGUGUUUGUAAUCAGGCGAAGAGGAUGGAGGAGGGUGAACGAGAGGUUUCCUUUGUAUUAGUGUUUUUGGUUGUGUACUUGAAAGUUACUGAAGUCUAUGAAAUUCCUUGUGAUUUAUCUGUA